AUGUCCCCAUCCGCCACGGAUGAACUGCCGCCGGCAUCAUCUCUCGAAGAGAUCUUGAAGGCCUCGAAGCCGGAUCUAGACUGCUCUGCUCACCCGGCGCAUCUACACCACCUCUCCUCCACCGUGGUCCACAACCUGCGGUUCGAGCACCACUGGACCUCCAUCUCCGUUCACACGCACUCUCCCCGCACGAAGCAACUCCUCCCGCGUCCGGUCAUCUCCGGCGUGCCGCCUAGAAAGGCAUAUGUCCACCCUGACGAGCAGGUCGAUAUCCUGAAGGCGCAACACGCCACCGGAGAGACGAUCGAGCUGCGGCCGGAGCGGGAAUGGGUGCUCCCUACGCACCUGCAGGAGAAGAUGAGCCUGGCCAAGUUCGUGGCUGUGUUUGAUGCGCUGGACGUGGUGCCGCGCGGAGAAGGGGACCGUGAUGGGGGAGAGGAGGCGGACGGGAAAACCGUCGGGGCUCGGUGGCGGGGGGAGAAUCGGCAGAAGAGACUGCUGCUGGCUACGCUACAUGAUGAUAGUACGGUGGUCUACUACAUUAUGCACGAUGGGCUUGUGAAGCCUAGACAGAACUGA